AUGGGCAAGAAACAAGAAGGAGAAGUGCUCAAAGGUGAAGGAGAUGCUGUCAAGAACGAAGAAUUUACCGAAGCUGGUGAUAAGAAAGAAUCUAGUCCUACCAAAACUAGUCGUCUGGAAAUGCUGGGUAACGUGAAGAACCAAAUGACUAAUUGGAUUGGAGGUGGAAUUGCUAGUUUGAGGAAAACGUCCGAAGGCGAUGCGUCUGCUGUUGCAGAACAAGCCCCAGAUUCACCUCUGUUAGAGAACUCGCCCAAAGAUUCUAUAAAAGAAAAAGAUGACGAUGAUAAUUCUAGUGCAACCGGUGGAGCCGAUAGUGACGUGCUGAUUUCAGAUGAGGAAGAUGCUGGUAAAGACGAAGGAUUUGCAACUGCUGCAG